AACAUGUCCCUGAAUGAAGCCAAGAAAAUCGCUGCCUAUCGUGCCGUCGAUGAGUGGGUUAAAACCAAAACAGCCGUGGGUAUUGGCAGUGGAUCAACAGUUGUCUUUGCCGUUGAUCGUUUGGCGGAACGUGUCAAGAACGAAGGUUUAGAGGUCGUCUGUGUACCCACCAGUUUCCAAGCACGCCAAUUGAUUGUCGAGAACAAUUUGGUAUUGGGUGAUUUGGAUCGUUAUCCCAAAUUGGAUGUCGCAAUUGAUGGUGCCGAUGAAGUUGACAAAGAUAUGGUCCUUAUCAAGGGUGGUGGCGGCUGCCUGCUGCAAGAGAAAAUUGUUGCCUCCUGUGCCGAGAAACUUAUCAUCAUAGCGGAUUAUACGAAAAAUUCCCAAAAGCUGGGUGAACAAUACAAGAAAGGUGUACCCAUUGAAGUGGUCCCCAUGGCUUAUGUUCCCAUUAGAGAGAAAGUUCAACAACUAUUCGGUGGUGAAUUGAAGCUGCGUAUGGCCGUGGCCAAGGCUGGACCUUGUGUCACCGAUAAUGGUAAUUUCAUUUUGGAUUGGCAUUUCCCCGCAAGUGCCGAUUUCAAUUGGACUGAAGUGAAUCGUGAUUUGCUGCUGAUUCCCGGUGUCGUGGAGACAGGGUUGUUUGUCAAUAUGGCCACCAAGGCCUACUUUGGCAUGGCUGAUGGUUCGGUGAAGACUCAGGAGAAGUAA